AUGUUGAAGCCUGGCUCUAAGGCGGAGAUGCGCCGCGGUCGGUACAAGGUGGCGGUGGACGCCGAAGAAGGCCGCCGACGCAGGGAAGACAACAUGGUGGAGAUUCGUAAGAACCGCCGCGAAGAAAAUCUGCAGAAGAAGCGCCGUGAGCUCUCGCAGAACAACCAGCAAUUCGCUCCUCUUCAAGACAAUCAAUCCGCUGGGAAGAAGUUGGAAGAUCUACAAACAAUGGUUGCCGGUGUUUGGACUAAUGAUGCCAAUACCCAGCUUCAGUCAACCACUCAGUUUAGAAAGCUUCUCUCUAUAGAAAGGAGUCCACCAAUUCAGGAAGUUAUUCAAGCUGGUGUAGUUCCUCGAUUUGUUGAGUUUCUGACGAGGGAGGAUUUUCCUCAACUUCAGUUUGAGGCUGCUUGGGCCCUCACAAAUAUUGCUUCUGGAACAUCAGAGCACACUAAAGUUGUAAUCGAGCAUGGUGCCGUACCCAUAUUUGUUAAGCUCCUUAGUUCUCCCAGUGAUGAUGUUCGUGAGCAGGCUGUUUGGGCACUGGGAAAUGUAGCUGGUGAUUCGCCAAAAUGCCGUGAUCUUGUCCUUAAUAAUGGAGCUUUGGCCCCGUUGCUGGCGCUGUUAAAUGAGCACGCUAAGUUAUCAAUGCUGAGAAAUGCAACAUGGACCUUGUCUAAUUUCUGCAGGGGCAAGCCCCAACCUUCUUUUGAUCAGACGAGGCCUGCUCUUCCACUUCUUCAACUGCUUGUAAAUUCAAGUGAUGAGGAAGUAUUGACAGAUGCUUGCUGGGCGCUCUCAUACCUUUCUGAUGGUCCAAAUGACAAAAUCCAAGCUGUUAUAGAUUCUGGAGUUGUUCCCCGAUUGGUAGAGUUGUUACAGCAUCCUUCCCCAUCAGUUUUGGUGCCUGCCCUGCGAACAGUUGGAAACAUUGUAACUGGAGAUGAUAUUCAGACUCAGUUUAUCCUCAAUUAUCAAACAUUGCCCUAUCUCUUAAACCUGCUGCAUGGCAAUUAUAAGAAAAGCAUAAAAAAGGAAGCUUGCUGGACAAUUUCGAACAUUACUGCUGGCAACAAGGAUCAAAUUCAGGCAGUUAUUAGUUCUGGUAUUAUUGCCCCCCUCAUCACUUUGCUUCAGAAUGCUGAGUUUGACAUUAAAAAAGAGGCAGCAUGGGCAGUCUCAAAUGCCACAUCUGGUGGAAGUCAUGAGCAAAUUAAGUUCCUUGUAAAUGAAGGGUGCAUUAAGCCGCUGUGUGACUUGCUUGUUUGUCCUGAUCCAAGAAUUGUCUCAGUGUGCCUAGAAGGGCUUGAAAACAUUUUGAAGGUUGGGGAGUCUGAGAAGAAUAUAGGAUUGUCAGGAGACGUGAAUACAUUUGCACAAAUGAUUGAUGAAGCAGAUGGAUUGGAGAAGAUUGAGAAUCUUCAGAGUCAUGACAACAAUGAUAUAUAUGAGAAGGCAGUUAAGAUGCUUGAGACAUAUUGGUUGGAGGACGAGGAUGAAGCUUUGCCUCCUGGUGAUUCGACGCAACAAGCUUUCCAGUUUGGAGGGCAAGUGAACCCCUCGUUCACUAAUGGUGGAUACAACUUCCAGUAA